AGCUAUCCUAAGUAGAAUUCACAGAAUAUAUCCAGUUUUUGAAAAAUUAAAAAAUGCUAAUAUUUAUGAGAGAUCAGCAUAAAAAAACGUAUAUACAUUUAACAUUAUACUUCAAUUUAAUUUAAAAUAAGAUUAAAAUGUUUUUAAAUAUAGAAUAGAUUGUUAAAACAGAUUGUAUUUUCAAAAAGCACAAACAAAAAACAUCGCCGAGUAUUUUCCAAAAUUAAUAACAAAACGUAAAAUUACAAGCGUACAAGGCCGAAACGGGGUGAAAAGAGAGCAAUGCUGCGCUUCAGUUUCUCGAGGGGGCAUCUUAAGCUUAAGGAUGCAGUUUCGCGGUGGCCAGGGUUGGUAUCCUCGAAAUGGAAGCAGCACGCUUUGCAGGCCAGGAUGGCUUCCUCGACUCCGCCGAUGAAGGAAACUACUUUCGAACCGAUGGUCAAUAAAAAGCCCCUGCCGAAUUGCUGCUCUAGGGCGAGACCCGAGUGUGGAGACUGUGCAAGAUAUAGAUAUAUGAACCCAGAAUGCAAAGUUGCCGUAAUCACCGAAGGAGCGAGUGGACUCGGAUUUGACAUUGCAAACGAGCUCUUAUGCAAUGAAGCUUAUAGAGUUAUUCUGACUGGCUGCAACUGGGACCUAGGUGCCAAAGCGCUCAAGAGACUCAGGAAGAAGCACGAAGAGGAGAGGUGUUGCUACAUGAAAAUGGACCCGAGGAAAGAAUCUGAAGUUAAAUAUGUUUUAGGACGGAUCUCGGAGAGAUUCAACGGAAUCGACAUCCUUGUCAACAACGCCAAGGCUAUAAAUGAAACUCUUUGGGAGAGCGAAGUGACCUACAACCUGCAUUCUGUAGUCCAAGGGACUUUAGUCGGCAUGGAACUGAUGAAAAAUACGAAAGCCCGUCCGGGAGGGAUCAUUCUCAACAUCGCGUCAACUUUAAGCUUCGAUUCUGAUCCCUGCCUCCCGAUAUUCACAGGGACUCAAUACGCUAUCGCAGGCUUCACAAAAUCUUACGGAGACAAAAAGAAUUUUGCCGGUUCGGACAUCAGAGUUGUCGGGCUAUGCCCUGGGCCUCUGAAUGCAUCGCACUUGACUUGCAAUCAAGGAUUAGAGUUAGCGUUCGUCAGCAAUUCAUCCAUCGGAAAGGCAGUCAUCCACAUGAUACAGUACGCGCCCACUGGAACCCUCUGGGUUUUGGAAGAGGGCCUUUACAGGCUCAAGUUCCCAGAGAGGAAAACAUUCCAGAAAAAGGUCACCUAUGUAUGAAAAAUGUCCAUUCGUAUUUGAACACUACUCUUAAACAAUAAACAUACAAAAAAUGUCA